AUGCAAUUACAAGUUGAAUUAGGACGAAAUUAUCAACGGGCCGAUGAAACGGUACUCACAUAUGCAAAUAGAACGAAAGCAAUAGGCAAACGUAUAUUAGAGGCACACCGAACCACGAAUAACGGAGCAAUAGAUCGCUCUUAUAAAACAUCAUUAGAAAAUGAAUUGGUUCACAGUUUCAUCAGAGGGCUGAAGCCUGAAAUAGAGCAAAGAAUUGCCAGAAAUUUAGAUGUAACCGCAACUGUAGAAAAAGCUUUAAGAAUUGAAAAAGAAUUACGGGAUAUUUUCGAAAUACGUGGGUUGCAAGGUUUUCAAGUCAAUAUAGAUUUAUGUCAAAUAUGUAAAAAAUCCGGUCAUACAGCAGAUAAAUGUAAACUGAUAUUACAAAAUGCAACAAAAUCCUUGGGGAUCGAAAUCUUAGUCUGCCAAAUUUACAAAAAACGAGGCCAUAGUGCAGAUAAAUGUAGAUUCCGGGAAGCUAUCGGACAAAAGCCGGUAAAAAUCGUACAAAGCGAUUUCGUCUCAUGUCAGAUAUGCUCUAAACCCGGUCAUACUGUUCAAACUUGCCGUUCACUUAAUAAUCAGCAGGUUAUAUGCCAAAAUUGCCAGAGACCUGGUCACGUCUCUAGAGAUUGUAGAGAUAAUUCCCCUAAUUUUACUAAUAUUAUUUGUCAAAUGUGCAAUAAACCAGGUCAUAACGCGAAGAAUUGUUAUUCAAAUCCUAAUCGGAAUAAUAUUCCUAAUAACGAAGAUAACGAGAAGGAUAACGAUAUUAAAGAUGGAAAUAUUGAGAAUAAUAGAGAUAACGAAAAACCUAAAGAUAAAGGGGAACAUAUUCUUGACCGCGAAGAAAGAGAACCACGAAAUGUGACAUCAUGCGACGGCUAA